AUGUCAAAUCAAGAGCCCCAAGUCAUUUAUGAUACAGUCAAACUCGAUAGACCUCUAUUUGCUGCUAUACCAUCAGGUGAAGGAAAGACGACAUUGCAAUCUCAAAAUUCAUUACUGUUUGCCGAUUGGGAACAAUUACUAAAUAGUCAACAAUGGGCCGAAUAUCAACGUUUAUUACAAGACAAGAAAUGGGAUGAAAUUAAUUAUCUUUUCAGCUUGAUUAAGAUUCCAACUGUCAAUCCAAAUCGCAUUUACCUCGUUCAUGGUUUCGAACAUAUUCCGCCUCACUUAAAACAAAACUAUUUAGGCGCAUUUUUAUUGAACAAAGGUACAAACAUUCGCGAAAAUGCUGGUAAUCGCAAAUCAUUGAUGAAAGAACCUCUGGUAUUUUUCUGCUCUACAUUUUCUGCACGUAAUGAAGCGAUCAUUGAACGUGCCUUACA